AUGGCCAUCACCCCAGAGUGGCCAUCAUGUCCAGAGUGGCCAUCACCCCAGAAUGGCCAUCACCCCAGAGUGGUCAUCACCCUUAGUGGCCAUCACCCCAGAGUGACCAUCGCCCCAGAAUGGCCAUCACCCCAGAGUGGCCAUCAUGUCCAGAGUGGCCAUCACCCCAGAGUGGCCAUCUUGUCCAGAGGGGUAAUCAUCCCAGAGUGGCCAUCACCCCAAAGUGGCCAUCAUGUCCAGAUUGGCCAUCACCCCAGAGUGGUCAUCACCCCAGAGUAUCCAUCACCCCAAAGUGGCCAUCACCCCAAGAGGCCAUCAUCCCAGAGUGGCCAACAUGUCCAGAGUGGCCAUUACCCCAGAGUAGUCAUAUCAUGUCCCGAGUGGCCAUCACCCCAGAGUGGCCAUUACCCCAGAGUAUCCAUCACCCCAGAGUGGCCAUCACCCCAGAGUGGCAAUUAUCCCAGAGUGGCCAACAUGACCAGAGUGGCCAUCACCCCAGAGUGGCAAUUAUCCCAGAGUGGCCAACAUGACCAGAGUGUCCAUUACUCCAGAGUGGCCGUCACCCCGGAGUGGCUAUCAUCCCAAAGUGGUCAUCACUCCAGAGUGUGGUCAUCACUAGAAAGUGGUCAUCACUUACCGGAGUGGCCACCAUCCCACAGUGGCCACCACCUCACAGGGGCCACCAUCCCACAGUAG